CGAACCCGCGACAGUCAGGGAUUCUGUUCACUGUACAGCAAAAAGACGCAAAACAGCCGAAGAGCGUCUCUGUGAAUGAACACGAGGCUUAAACCGCACUAAGUGUGUCACCUACAGACACACACAUGAUCCGAGCGUGUACCUGCAGGCUGAGCAGUGUGUGUCUGCGCGUUCAGAUCCUCCACUGAACACGCCCUGAUAGGAAAAGGUAGAACCACACACACACACACUCCCUCUCUCUCUCUCUCUCACACACACACACCACACGGAGCCCCUGAUCAGUGAGGAGCGGAGCCGCUUCACCUGAACGCAGCAGCCCCGAUGCUCCCACGCAGGCUCCCACCAGCACCGCCAAUGAAACCAGUCCACUUCCACGCACUCUGGAGUUUCACGUCGUGUGCAGCUCGGAGCACCUGGACGCUGCAGCGGGAGUAAAGCUGGUUGUGUCGGCGGAGCGUUCAAAUCCACCCGGCUGAGGCUGAGCACCAUGAGCAGGAAGACACGCCGCUGGAUUUUCCAUUUUUUCCUCUGCCUUGGAAUAGUGUAUCUGAAAAUCGGGGGUCUGUCGACGGUGGUCGCGCUGGGAGCGAGCAUCAUCUGCAACAAAAUCCCUGGCUUGGCCCCCCGUCAGAGGACUAUCUGCCAGAGCCGACCCGAUGCCAUCAUCGUGAUCGGGGAGGGAGUUCAGAUGGGGAUCAAUGAGUGUCAGUUCCAGUUCAGACACGGACGCUGGAACUGUUCGGCCCUCGGAGAGAGAACCGUGUUCGGGAAAGAGCUCAAAGUGGGCAGCAAGGAGGCUGCGUUCACCUACGCUAUCAUCGCUGCCGGGGUCGCCCAUGCAGUGACCGCGGCCUGCACCCAGGGGAGUCUGAGCGGAUGUGGCUGCGACAAGGACAAGCAGGGCUUCUACAACCAGGAGGAGGGCUGGAAAUGGGGCGGCUGCUCCGCAGACGUCCACUACGGUCUGGGUUUCUCUAAGGUGUUUGUGGACGCGCGGGAAAUCAAGCAGAACGCCAGGACUCUCAUGAAUUUACACAACAAUGAAGUGGGACGCAAGGUUCUGGAGAAGGGGAUGCGUCUGGAGUGCAAGUGUCACGGCGUUUCCGGAUCCUGCACCACCAAGACGUGCUGGACGACGCUCCCCAAGUUCCGUCAGCUUGGAUACAUCCUCAAGGACAAGUACAACCAGGCUGUACAUGUGGAACCGGUGCGAGCCAGCCGCAACAAGCGCCCCACCUUCCUUAAGAUCAAAAAGCCACACUCCUACCGCAAGCCCAUGGAUUCGGACCUGGUGUACAUCGAGAGGUCGCCCAACUAUUGCGAGGCUGACACUCUGACCGGCAGCAUGGGAACGCAAGGUCGACUGUGCAACAAAACGGCUCAGCAGCCCAACAGCUGCGACCUGAUGUGCUGCGGUCGGGGAUAUAACACGCACCAGUACUCACGCGUUUGGCAGUGCAAUUGCAAGUUCCUGUGGUGCUGCUACGUCAAGUGCAACACCUGCAGCGAGAGGACAGAGGUGUACACGUGUAAAUAGAGAUAUUUAUUGGACCCCUAUUUAGACACACAGCAAGACUGGACUGUGUCUGUAUGAGUGUUAAUGUGAUUCACGACGUGGAUGUGGAGGGAUCGCAUUACUGAGUUGGCAUGACAGCAAUCACAACUGGUUCAUCCAAUUUGUGUUGAUUAUAAUGAUGCCAAUGGACAUCUGCCGAGACACUGGACUCAACCUGUAGGCUCGUAAAUGUUAUUUCUAUGUUUUAAUGCCGCAUGCUUAACUUCUCUGCGGGACAUUCUGGUCUACUGAAAUGACUCACCUCACACAGUUAUAAGUUUUUUUGUAGACUAAUAAUUUAUUGAAUGAGAAAACUACUGAUCAUUUUGAAAAGUCACUGUCAUUUAAAUCUGGUAAAGUCAUAAGUUGGUAAAGAUGCCUGGUUUUCAUAUCAAGUGCACUUAAAAGCUUAAAGGACUUAGUUUUUUUUUCUUUUUUUACAAGACAAUUUAAACACUGGAGCUGAAAACUGAAACAGGAGUGAAUGGCACAUUUGGGACCCUGCAGCUCUUUUGCAUGAAGUCCAGCAGAAGAACAUUAAACUACUGAUCCUGGGCUUGGUAUGAUAGUAUUGUUUUCGACUUGUUUCUGUCCCACUUCCCCUCCAUUUUGCUGCUAGUUGUCUGGAAAGUUCUGGAGUUUGUGAACCGAGCAGCCAUAUUGACUCUUCAAGCUAUCCGCCAGGAGCAAACGCAAGCUUCCAGACAGAAAUUGCCCUUAAUGUUGGUUGAUAGAAUAUAUUUUGUAAGAGAUUAUUUUUAUAUAAAUAUGUUUUUUAAUUUAUUUUCUAUCUCUGUGUAAGAUAUUUUUCCCUUUAGCAUUUCUAGCGGUGCAGUUACUGAGUUUAGCAAAAGGAAACGACCCAUUGAAGCACUGGUUUCAAAAAAUGUGUCUUUUUUUCCGCAGCAAAAUAUCAUAAUGUUACACUGAAAUGUGCAGUAUUGUUCAGGAAAACUCUUGUAGAGAGCUGAAGUCUUAAUGUCACCUCAAGGCUAUCUGUUUUUCCAUUAGCUUCUAUGAGUCCAUCUUACCUCUGGUAGAAAUAAAACAUGUUUUUGGAGUUUAAUAUUCAUAUGCUGAUAUAAGCUCAUGCAAUCAUUAUAAUAAUUUCAACUCGUGUUAGCUAGCUAAGCAAAUUACACAUCAGUCAUACUGCUAGCAUGCUGAAUUUAGCCUCUAUGAAGUUUUAAAAGCAUUGUACACUUGUGGCAGAAAUGAGAGUAACACCAUACCUUUUAAGAAUCCCAGUUUUCAUGAGAUUCUUUCUUAUUUCUCACUCUCCAGUUGUCCUGGCAUUUAAAUAUUCUCCCAUUAUUGUCAUAUAUUUUUUAGCUUUCCUAAAAAUACUUGUGGAUAUGGCCUGUUGAUGGUUGGUGUAACCCAAGUGUUGCAUUGACUACACAAAUUGUAAAGGAAUCAGACUGUAUUUACAAGAUGAUGUAGCCUCUGGGUUAAAUAAAUGGAACCAACUGCCUUAAAACUGCAUUCUUUCUAGCAGCCAGCAGGGGGAUAGAAAAAGUCUUGUGAUUGUAUAGAAGAAAAUGAACAAAUUUCUCAUUUGAAUUGUUAUCUGAGUAAACAUGUUCCCAAAUAGUUUAUGGUCUUAAUCCCUGGUUAGAAGUCUGCUUUAAUAUAACACGGUAUUCAUUUAGUAAAUUAUAGUCUCUUUUAGAGUAAAAUAGAUGAUAAAGCCAAGUAUGUUGCAGGGAAGGUUCUUAGUCAGAUCGACUGCUCACUUAUUACAUUAAAGCUUCAAAACAUCAGCCCACAACAAGUAGCUGACAUCAUGGAGCUGCUUCCAUCUAUGAUAUCCAACCUUAGUCAUUUUUUACAUUUGCCAAGGCCGAUACCAUAUCUCACAGUUUUAAAGAAAGUAGUCCAGACCCCAUCAAAGUUUAAAUUUGUUCCACCAAACUUUAUAAAAUACUGCUUUGUACUUCUUGUGUAAUCCUGCUGAUAGAUGGACAAACUGACACAUACCACCACCUUGGUGGACAAAUGAGGACUCUCAAUCCCUUUGGGUUUAUCUACAUGACACUGUUGUCCAAGGUGAUGUUUCAAGGCAGUUGUUACUAUAAAUGUGCCAUGAAUGAUGUAUUAUUACUUCAGGAAUAGCACCUAGAGGUGAUGGUUCCACUUUGGCUCUCUAUGAAGGUUUUCCACUUUCUAACACCAACUACACCGAGCUUAUGGACAUAUGUCAGGCGCGUUUUGCCUUUUAUUAGAUAGUAGAGAGUAGAUGAAAUGGCUGCAACAUGCAAAGGGAUUGACACAAAAAACAAAGAAUACAAUCAAGUAAAAUGAUCCAAUACAAGUUGUUAUUAAGAAGAUGAAAUAUUUGACUAAGCCUUCGGUCCUAACUUGACAAUUUUUGAUACUUCAUUCGUCAAACACAUUUUGGGUGGUUUUUGCCAUACCAUGAAUUGGCCUUCAGUGUCAAAAUUUUAUAUCUUAUUCUAACAAUUAUAUAGAAAUUAAUCAGAGGUACCUUAACAGGGACACUUCUGACCCGUCAUGAUAACAAACCAGCAUCAUGACAGGUUGAUUUUAGCUAGAACUGUAAGACACCUUCAUCACUGGAGGAUGAGUUACACAACUAUGGUUGCAUAAACCAUGAAAAGUCUAGUCAACAUUGACUCGGUCCUCAUUAAAGGUUGUUCCGUGUAAUUUAACUGAUGCUUUUCCAGCUGCUGUAGUUGCUCUUAAAUCAGAGGUCACUGUUGACCCUUACCAUGUAAAACUACGUUUUUUUUCUGCAUUUUGGUUAAUAAAUGUCUCAGAUUUAACAGGA